GGGGCUCCUUUUGUCGACCAGUCUGAGAAACUCCGCUUUUUCCCCUCAUUCUCACCCAUGCCACUCGAAUCGACAUCGAAUGCACUCUGCUUCUUGUGCUCGCGGUGAUGGCUCCGUAUAUUGUCGGGGUAGAUCCCAUUGGUGAUAAUGUUGAGUUAGAUGAAGGAGUGAUGGAGGCCCUGCCCGCGGGAUGCCGUGUCCUCAAUACAUCUAGGGGGGGCGAGAGCCUGUGGGUCGAGACACUGCGGAUUGAGGUUGAACUUCCCGAUGGCACAGAGCAAGUGUUUUUCAAAAAAGGAGCGUCGGGUGAAACUGGAUUGAACAUGAUGAAGGGGGCUUUCGAGUCCGAGAAGGCGCUGUACUCCUUCAUCCCUGAAUACGUUCCCAAGCCUGUGGCUUACGGCUCGUACCGGUCGCGGCCGGACAUGCACUUUUACAUCGCCGAGUAUGUCGAGAUGGACGAUUCACAUCCGGAUCCCAAGGGUUGGGCCGAAGUUUUCGCGACGCUCCACAAGAGGAGCAUGGGGAAGUCUCCAGAGGGCAAGUUUGGCUUUCACGUCGACACGCAUCUUGCCAACAUCCCACAAGACAACACGUGGAACUCGUCGUGGGAGAAGUUUUGGGCCCAGAUAUUCCGCUCCCUGUGCGAAAAAGAAGAGGCAGUACGCGGACCUGACGACGAUCUGACGCGGCUAAAGGAGGCUUUCCAUGAGAUUGUCAUUCCUCGCUACCUGAGGCCCUUGGAGUCGGAUGGCAGAAUCGUCCACCCGACAUUGCUUCACAACGACGGUUGGCCCGGCAACAUCAAGCCAAGAACCGACUCGCCCGAGACUCUGUGUUUGUUUGACUCCUGCGCCAUCUGGGGCCAUAGCGAGGUUGAUGUUCGCGCCGCCCGUCCCAACACUUGGAACUUGGAGGCUGCGGGGGAGAUUUACCAAGACAUAAUGGGUGUAUCAGAGCCCCAAGAGGACUUCAACAUCAGGAUUGAGGUGUACGCGACGCUGGGUAUCGUCCUGCGCUCAGCAAUGUAUUCCCAGGAACCGGCACGCCGGCUGCUUUUCAUUGAGCAGAUGGAGAAGCUGAUCGAUCUGGCUUUAACGUCCGGGGCCAUGUGGAGCUUGCCAGCGCCAGAAACGGAUGAAUCGGCCUCAGCUCAGAACAGCCGGAAGCGGAGAAUUGGAUCGGCACCACCCGACCAGAGAGGGUUGAUGAGCCGAAUUUAGGAUCCCCUUGCCCAUAACCGGAUAGUGCUCAGUAUCAUCCCAACAGGCACACUUUGGAUAGGAAGAGGUGGGCUGAAUGAUCUCUACUUUCACGGAAACACCAGAUCCUAUUCUGCCCUCAUCUGGCUCCGUGUUCGUUGAUCCAGUUUGGUUCGAGAAUGUAUACCUGGAAAGAACAUAGUUAGCAAGAAGGGAACCUGAAUGCACAUCAGAGCCCAACGUCACUGAGACAAACUACGUGCUGCGGCGUGGGCAGGAGACCUUGUCGCGUUAAACUUGCCAGGGCUCAGAACUGAAAGUUGUCGGAGAUAGUGAAAGAUCAGGAGGUCAGAGUUGCAGCACCAUCCCUCGGUCACACGGAGCCUUUACCUUCC